GAAAUUAAUAACCAACAAAUUAACUGUAAUAUUCAUUCGGGUGUGUCAUAUUAAAUUCAAAGCAUUUUCUUUCCACCAUUACAUCGAAAAAUGAAGAAAGAAAAUAGGGAUGGCAACUGUUGAGAGCCCCCUCCUCUCUCUUUGUAUAUUAAGCAUAUUCAUCUUGUCACAUAUUCUUUGAAAAAUUCCAACUUAGUUGGGUGGGAGUUUCUCUCAGCUCUAGAUAGCAUUACAACCCAAAUAUAGCUUACAAAACAAACCUGUCAACUUAAUUACCAUCUAAUUAUUAAUUAGACCUGUUUUCUCAUCCCAAACCUCUUCUUCCAUCGGCAUUCUCGUUUGUCCAGUCAUUUCUCAGCUUAUUGUCUCUCUCUCUUUCUCUUUCUGUCUCUCCUGAGAAACUUUGGUAGCAUUUCUUGAAAGUUAAUUUUCUUGGAUUCCAAUCGAAUGACCAUGAACAGAGCCUGCAAUUUCAUGUUAUGGAGUUUGUGUAUGUUGAAUAUUAUACAAGUGGCUGUUUCAGGCGUUGGCGUCAACUGGGGGAGCAUGGCUUCCCAUCCUUUGCCACCUGACAUUGCGGUUAAAAUGUUAAAAGACAAUGGCAUAACAAAGGUUAAGCUUUUCGACGCUGAUUCUUGGACCUUAAAUUCCUUGGCUGGUUCUAACAUUGAGGUCAUGGUUGGCAUCCCUAAUAACAUGUUAGAUUAUAUUUCUGACAGUUAUGAUAAUGCUAAAGAUUGGGUUAAAGAAAAUAUCACCAGUCAUCUUAAAGAUUUUGGAGACAAAAGGGGUGUAGAUAUCAGAUAUGUGUCGGUAGGAAAUGAACCAUUCUUGGAAGCAUAUGAAGGCAAAUAUGAUGAAAGUACAUUCCCAGCUUUACAAAACAUCCAAAAGGCUCUGGACGAAGUAGGAGUUGGAGACAAGAUUAAAGCCUCAAUAGCCCUAAAUGCCGAUGUUUAUGACGGAAACAAACCCUCAGAUGGUAACUUUCGCAGUAACGUGAGAAAUGUAAUGCUCAAAAUCGUCAAGCAUCUCCAACAGCACAAGGCUCCCUUCAUUGUUAACAUUUACCCCUUCCUUAGUGUCUACCAGACCGCUGGCUUCCCUGUAGAAUACGCUUUCUUUGAAGGCAGUGGCAGAAAAGUAUAUGACAAAAACGUUACAUACUCCAACGUUUUCGACGCAAAUUAUGAUACCCUUGUUUGGGCUCUAACAAAAGCUGGUGUUCCUGAUUUAAAGAUCAUUGUUGGGGAAGUUGGUUGGCCUACAGAUGGUGCCCAGUAUGCUACUACCAUGUAUGCACAGAAAUUCUACGAUGGUCUUCUCAAAAAAUUGGCAGAAAAGAAAGGAACCCCACUUCGACCAGGCAUAUUAAAUGUUUAUCUCUUCAGCCUGCUGGACGAGGACGUGAAGAGCAUCUUGCCAGGCUUCUUUGAGAGGCACUGGGGUCUGUUUCGAUACGAUGGGCAGGCCAAAUUUCCUAUGGAUUUAUCUGGACAAGGCAAUGAUAAGAUGCUAAUAGCUGCAAAGGGUGUUCAGUACAUGCAGAAACAAUGGUGUGUACUUAAUGAUGAGGUUAGGGACGAGAGCUUGAUACCUAGUGCACUAAGCUAUGCUUGCUACCAUUCAGAUUGUACAAGCUUAACCCAUGGAUCUUCCUGCGGGAAUUUGGACCUUAGAGGCAAUGCUUCUUACGCUUUUAAUAUGUAUUUCCAAAUGAAUAGUCAAGACGUUGAGGCCUGCGAUUUCAAUGGGUUGGGAACCAUUGUCACUCGUAAUGCCUCCCGUGGAACUUGCCUUUUCCCUGUGCAGAUUGUGAGUCAAGGAGAGAGAGUUAAUUUGGCUUAUGGGGUGACCAUUUUUGUAGGAUUUGUAUUGUCAUUUUUCAUGUUUAUGUAAUGAUUAUGUUAAGUACCUGACAUGACCUUAUUAUAUACAGUAAAAGCGAAAUUAUUUAAAAACAGAAAUUAGAAUAUCAAUUAAUUCCAAAUAUCACCAAUAACAUUUCUCU